AUGUUUAAGGUGGCCCCGUACGUUCCGUACAUAUACAAAUGCUCAAGUGGAAGAAAUUUCUUCAAAUUUUACAACCAAAUAAAGACAAAGGGGUACUCCGAUUUGCUUAAUUUUGCUAAAGGGCUGUACCUCUUCUUGUGUAGGAAUUGCCACAAAAAUGAUGACCUGUUCAUACAUUUCUCGAAACAAUUGUUCAGAGACAUUCAUGGGGAGAAUUUCGCAGAGAGGAACAAGAAAGACCUGUGCUUGUUAAUGCUAUUGUAUAUGAAAUGCAGAAAAAGGAGUAAAUCGUUUGUACUGGGGAAGGACAUAAUUAAACACAUAAGUUGCGCAAUCGAAGAUAAUUUGGAUCACUUCGAUGAAGAUGAUUUGUCCACCGUUCUGACCUUCCUAAACUGCACAGCGAAUAACAAGUUGUACUCAUCCCGCGGUAUAGUAAAAAAUGACGUAAGCACCAGAAUUACAAGACAGAUUAUUCAGCGAAGUGAUAAUUAUUUGCACAAUUUCAGACAGACAAAAAAUCUGUGUAUACUGUACAGUUAUUUAUGUAGAGAAAACAUAAGCGUCAAAUUACACAAUAACAUUUUGGGGCGAAUUUUUAGCGAUGUAGAUCUCUGCGGGGACACCGAUUUGACCAACAUUGUUUUUAACUUUUACUACAUUAACAGCGUUUUUUUUAAAAAAUUUUUAAGCAAAAUAGGGGAAGUAGUAGGCCAUACGCAAAAUGGUUCGCCCUGUACCAGCGAUAUAGGGAAGCUAGGCGAUAACAGGAAUGAAACGUGCAGGAGUGAGGAAGUCAUAGCGUUGACGAAGCAAUGGGGUGAGGAGUUAUCCUCGCAGGAGGAACAUUUUGGAGAUGGCACUUUCCGUAGUGAUGGGGUUGCACGUCAUUCGAACCCUGUUUAUAAAUGUGACAUGUUAGGAAAUAGAGAGGGGGAGAGCCAUUUUUCAGGAGAAAAAACCACCCACUAUGUAACGUACGGCAAUAUAUUUAACAUGUACAGCUGCAGUGUGUUCCUUCAUGGAUACCUAAAUCAUUAUAACAACCUUUUCUUAAAAAGGAGCAUAGUAAAAUUGAUAGACCGAUGUAACUUCAUAGAUAAUAUAUGGAAAAACUGCAGACUGAUGCAUGUUUUUUACUACACACUUGCGUAUUAUAUGAACACAGGGGUGAGUCUCGAAAUUAACAGCGACAGCGUGAAGCGCAUCCUAAGAAAGGGAUACAGUGAUGAGGAAGGUUCCCACAAAGUGAAGGAGGUAAAAUUGUACAGCAACAUCUUUUGCGAGGAUAACAUAAAACUGUUGAUGUAUGUAUACCAGGGUGGAGUGCGCUACUACGGGCGUUACUUCGACGCGUGCAGAGCGUUUCUAGAUAAAUACAUACUAAAUUUGCUUCAAGAGGAGGUUUCCAAAGAUGAAUCCACAGGAAAAAACACAACGAAAGGAACAACAAGAGUAGAGGACGAACAUAUUUACCUAUUGCUGAGUGUUUUAAACCAAAUGAAUGUGCAAAAUAAGGCAACAUUCGAUCUACUAAUAAGGAAUUUUAAGCUAAAUGGGAGGAGCUACUCCCUUAAGACAAGUCUCCUGAUGCUGCAAUUUUGCCAUUCCCAUGGGGGGCAUAAUCCAUACCGUGACAUUUAUACACACAUAGGCAGAACCCUCGAUUCCCUGAUCAGCUUCGAUAAUGCCAUUUUACCAAAUAAUUUUGGAGUUUUAUUUUUUCCCCCCUUUUUGGUGAAGGAAGAAAUACAUAGAAUGUACCUCUCUGUGUUUGUGAGAAGCGCCAAAUGGUAUUUACAAAGAAAGGAAAAAGCACAAACGUAUAGGUUAACUGAUGAGCUGCUAUACUUUGCCUUAAGUUACAACAUACUAUGGAGAGACACUAAUACACAUGGAGAUAAUUUUUUAAAAUAUUUUAAUUUAAAAGAAUUAAAAAGGAUUUAUGAAUUUAUUCACGAAUUUGAAAAAAUAACAAAAAAAAAUUCCUUCAAAUUAAAGAAAAGGGAGACAAAAAAAAAAAAAAGAAUUAACAGAUUCUAUUUUUACCUUGAAAAGGUACACACACACAGUCUUUCGAAUUAUGUUGAGAUAUGCCAUCAGCAGAGUAGAAGUGCUUCUUUAAAUUUUUUGAAUUUUUUUGGCGUCUUUAAGGAAUGCUCCCACGUGUAUGUGGGCUAUGACUCCAAGUACCUUUCCCCAUCCGUGGCCCCUCAGAUUGUGAUGUACUACAGACCGACCAUGUGA